UAAAGAAUAUACUUGUGAACAACAUUAAGAGCGACAUUUUCAGGAACAUUUGUCGUCAAUAUUUGUAGCUAAUCGAUCGCAUCUCAAGUAAAUAAUUACAAAAAUGAGUCCACCACAACAAACGCUAGCGCUAAGAAAUCGCCUUUUCCCCGGGAUAGCUCGGGAAAGCAAUGAAAUCCCUUAUUACAUUUACCACUACCCAAGCUCUCAACGUGUCAAGCUUGCCGCCGUCAAGCACGGCAUAUUUAACCCCGCGCUGCCUACUUAUCGUCAGAUAGAACACGAUAACUCGCCGUUGAUUGCCAAACUCUCGGACGAACAUUGUCGAACAAGCACAACACUCACAGCUCGUGAUUUUGAGCUUGCCAACGCCGGCGUCUUCCCGGUAAAAAAGUACUUUCACUGUUUAGAGAUUACAGACACGGGUCGAAGGUUAAAAGACGCUUUCUUCAGUACAGAAGACAGCGACGAUUUACUUCAGAAGGCAGCUACUAAGCGGAAGUACUCAGAUUCGGGUGUACGGUUUGAUGGCAUGGCCCUACAGGUGAAGAAACCUCAGCUGAUCAGAGACUGGAGGUACAGCUUCAAGUCGCACCACCGACUCCUGCCUGACCGUACUCAGCAACCCCUGCCGGCAAUACUGGAAGCACAGCAUAGGCGGCCAUUGUAAAUACAAAAACAUCACCAAAAAAUACCAUUUGCUGGGGUUUGUUUAGGCACCAACCCAACUUUUAAAAAAAUCCGGUAAUUUUUCAGGGAACGUUGUUCCCCCAGAGAGAAUUAACAUCCUUAAAGUUCAAGGACUUAAGUAUUUUUUUUAAAUAUCUUGGUUCACCGCCCUAGCGCAUCCCAACAUAAAAUGGGUUAAUAUAGCAUUUCAUUUUCGUAUCCGG